AUGUUUACCCAUUGCUCGGGGAUAAAGAGCCUGGAACGUGGUUAUAGCGCGGCUAUUGGCGCCCGAGGACCUUACUUGUGGUUCGCACCAAAACCUACACCUGACAUCAAGCACAUCCGCGAAAAUGCCCCUCUCUACUCCGAAAACUGCAUUGCCCGCAAUUACCAUGACCUGUCCCGGUACCCGUACGAGAUCCAAAGCCUCUCCACCGAGUCCCGCGAACUUCAAGACGCCCUGCGGGAACCGCAGCGCAAGAUAAAACAGAUAGAGUCCGCCAUUGCACAGCUCAUGGCCAAUUCCUCAGACCCACACAAUGCAGAUCCAAGAGAUCAACAGAAUCAAGAAACAAAAACGAAAGAAGAACUUUCCGCUCUCCGACUUUCCGCACAACAUCUAAAGGACAAAUCCCACCACUUAACAACAACCCGUGCAUCCCACACCAAAGAAAUCGAACGUCUCGCCCUCUCCCUCCCAAACCUUACCAGCACCGAAACACCACCAGGCGCCGAACCUCGCAUCGUAAACUACAUAAACUACGACCCGGACAAACCCGCAAACUUACCCACCCACACCACCUCCCAUAUCACAAUCGGCAGAACCCUCAAUCUCCUAAACUUCACCAGCGCCUCCCUUGCCAGCGGCUGGGGCUGGUACUACUUAACCAACGAAGCUGCCCUGCUCGAACAAGCCCUAAUCCAGUACGCGCUCAACGUCGCCAUUCGGCGGGGUUGGCAAGCGGUCUCCCCACCCUCCCUCGUCUACUCGCACAUCACCCAUGCAUGUGGCUUCCAACCACGCGAUGCGCAUAACGAACAGCAAAUAUAUCAUAUUGAGCAGAGUGGAGUUAUUUGGGGUGGGCGAUGCCGGAUCCCUGCUGGUGCUGGUGCUGGUGCUGGUGCUGGUGCUGGUGCUGUGAUAACGGCGACAACCCUCUUCGACGAAAUCCUCGCGCUGCAGACCGAAAUCCUCACCGCGCUCAACCUGCCCUGUCGCGUCCUGGAGAUGCCCGCGCAUGAUCUCGGAGCCAGCGCCGCUCGCAAGCGUGAUAUAGAAGUCCUGUUUCCUUCCAGAAUGGCGUCGCCUUCCCCCCACGAAGGACUUAACACCAGCAAUGCCACCAUAGCUAAGGACAUCAGCGUGGAAUCGGGCUGGGGCGAGGUUACCUCCGCCUCCAACUGCACAGAUUACCAAACGAGACGGCUAGGGACGAGGCUUAAAUCUGAUAUGGCUGGCGGUGCCGGAAAGUUCCCGCAUACGGUGAAUGGAACAGCAAUGGCUGUCCCGAGGAUUAUUGCGGCGUUGUUGGAGCACGGAUGGGAUGAGAACAGGGGGGUUGUGGUGUUGCCGGACGUUUUGAAGGGGUGGAUGGGGGGUAAAGGGGUUAUUGGGGGCCAAGGAUGA